GAAGUUGGAUCUCCAUCAUAAUCAACUUUCUUAUCGAAACAUCCUUCUCCUCCCAAAAAGUUAAGAAAUGCUUUCUUUGAAUAAUUUUAUCAACAUCACCUUGCUUUCGCAAAGACAAUCAAAAUCCAGUACAUCCGUCGCGUAUCUGGAUAUUAGCGAUCCUCAGGAGUUCUGAUCCCUAAAGUUGGUCUGUCGAUGGUUGAUUGUAGGUAGUACAGUUGGUGUUGUGUAUGGGAUCAAUUUAUCCCUGAGUCGUUGGAAGAUAGACAGGACAGAAGAUAGAGAGACAGAGAGGGUAGAAACCAUGGGUAAUUGUUCAUCUUGUCUUGGGCUGGAACGCAAUCGUGAUUCGUCGGAUGAGGGUGAAGAUCAAAGAUUAUUAUUUGAAAACGAUGCACAUUCUCAUCAUUACGGCAGUUUCGGAAACCAAGAUUCAAAUGCCAUUCAAGCAGAUCCACAAGAAGUUCAAAGGGAGACGGAGGCCUUGCAAAAGGUCGUAGCGCAAACGUCCAAUCAUCUCGUUGAUAUCUUCGCUAUGGUCCCCCAAAAUGUCCCUCGAGCACCCGUCACCAUGUACAAUGGUCAAGACGCAAGACUAUUGCGGUAUCAAGAAGUUCUAGCCAAGAUGCCAUCACAGGACGGAUCGAGCAAUACAAAACAAACCCCCGUCGAAGGUACCCACCCAAUUUCCGAUGGUUGGGCAUCGGAUGAUGAAGAUGUGGAGGAAAUGAAGAAGUACAAGCCGGUCAAAUCAGAAGACGUAGGACCAUUAUUAGGAGGGUUUGCAGAUGCAGAGUCGACCAUGGAGUAGAACAUGGAUUCGAACUUAUACGGGCAUCUUUGUGUUCCACGGCGUAUUGGAGUUGGGAAGGUCGUUACAAUAUCCUCAUACCACGGCCCAUCAUGCUGCCGCAAUUUCCCUGGAGGAGUAUCGGGAAUCGACUUCUGACUGGACCAGCUAAGCGUAAUUUGACUAUGCGUUGUAUCAUUCAAGCAUUUCCUUUGUCAAAAGCGCCUGCCUACUGGUUACUUGAUCAUGAAUCAGAGCCUAUCACGUCUCUUUCUCAUGCUCUGCAGUCAGGCUGCACAGAUAUCCAUUGAGGAUUAGCCACGUUACAAUUUACUACUACAUUCAAGUUCAUUCAGUCUGAAAUUCAUAAAGGGAAGGGAGGAUCCUGUUGAAGAUUUUUUCUUUUGGAAAGCGUUUCUCGACUUCUUUCCUUUCUUCUUACCAUAUAUACAUUUGUUAUCCGUAUCUUUAUUUCAACCUCUUCUUGAAGAAAACUGUUCAGUGAUGAUAAAUUUGCCGAUCAGGCGUAUGGUUGAGUAUGCACA